AUAUACACGAGAUUGUGAGCACUGACCGUAGAGGGCGUCUAACAGCUGAGAUACCGGCGCCACCGGCACCCCGCCGCGCACUCUGGUGUUACAAAUCGAGCAUACACGCUUUCAGGAAGUCAGUGAGGUUUUGUUGUAUUGUUGCUACGGAACUCCUGCAGUGGGCUUUAAACUUAGUAAACACUAUUUGUCGUCGUCGAAACAUAGUUGUAUUUUUUUUUUAUUUUUUAUAUUUGUCUGUUAGCUAACCGUGAACCAAGAUGCCACCCAAAAAGCGCAACUCUGGGACGACACAGAGCAAGGGGCUGAAGCCCAGUGCUGAAAAUGCCUCUCCAGACAAGAAGGAGAGUCCAGAGUUAUCUGUGAAGAAACACAGAGACAAGGAUGCUGACUUUGUGACCCUGUGCAAGAGCCUUCAGGUCUCAGACUUGGUGUGUGACCGUGCCUGGGCCCUGUGGAAAACUGUUCAGGAGUCCAUGGAUGAAAUCACUGACAGUCAGAAAAGGCUGUGGGGUGCUUGUCUGUUUGUGACUGUGACAGACAUGGACGUCACCUGUUUCACCUUAACUCAGGUUCUGAAAGCAGUCAGUCUGAAUGUAAAGCAGUUCAUGGCUCUGGUAAGGAAGUUGGAUGUGAACCUGGAUACGAUUAGCACCAAGGUGAAUUCAGCACUGACACGACUGGAGAAGAAGUAUGACGUGACACUGGCUCUCUACCAGAGGUUUGAGAAGACUUGUAAGAAAAUCUUUGCUUUGGUUUCUGAUGGCAAGGAGAGGGAGACCGUGCGGAGCUGCUGGACAAUGUUUCUUUUGGCCAAAGGAAGGGUCUUGCAGAUGGAGGAUGACCUGGUCAUAUCAUUCCAGCUGCUUCUUUGUACGCUGGAGUUAUUCAUCAAACGUUGCCCUCCAGAUCUCCUGCAGCCUCUUUACAAAUCAGCCAUCAGUAAAGUCCAGAGCCCCCCAACACGAACAUCUCGUCGUAACCAGAGCAAAGCCAAAUCCCGACCUCCUGAGCCAGAGAUGGAUGUGCAGCUUCUCGAAACCUUGUGCAAAGAAAAUGAGUGCAAUGCAGAAGAGGUGAAGAAUGUAUACCAGACCAGUUUCUCGGCUUUCCUGGAGUCGCUGGAUCUUUCGAGAUCCCCUGAUUUUCCUCAGGUGAAUGACCUCGACCAACAAUACGAAGAACACUACCUCAAGAGUAGAGACAUUGAUGGACGGCUGUUUUUUAAUGGAGAUGAGACUGUCCUUGUGCCUAAAGUUGAAAUAUCACAGGUGGAGAGAACGCCAAAGAAGAACCUGCCAGAUGACGAUGCUGUACUCAUCCCACCACAGACUCCGAUCAGAGCUGCCAUGACCUCCAUUCAGCAGUUGAGGGGUGAUCUCAUCUCCACUGGGGACCAACCAUCUACUAACCUGGAUACAUAUUUCAAAAAUUGCACUGUGGACCCAACGCAGGAUGUGCUGAAGCGUUUGGAGACACUUGAACAGACGUUCAGCCAAAGAUUUGGCCAGGCAGUCGGCCCACGCUGUGUACUACUUGGCAAGCAGAGAUUCGCCCUCGGAGUCAGACUCUAUUACAAAGUCAUGGAGGCAAUGUUGAAAUCGGAAGAGAAGCGACUGUCUGUGCAAAACUUCAGUAAACUCCUCAAUGACUCCACAUUCCACACAUCGCUUUUGGCCUGUGCUUUGGAGGUGGUCAUGGCCGCAUAUGGAGAAAGCAGUUUUAAAACUGGAGGAUACAACCAUGGAGGCGGUGGUGGUGACCCAGCUGAGACAGAUGUGUGUUUCCCCUGGAUAUUGGAUGUGUUCAACCUCGCCGCCUUUGACUUCUAUAAAGUCAUCGAGAGCUUCAUCAAGGCUGACCCCACGCUGAGCAAAGAUAUCAUCAAACAUCUGGAGACGUGUGAGAACCUCAUCAUGGAGAGGAUUGCAUGGAGGACGGGCUCUCCGCUGUUUGAGCUGUUGAAACAAGAGCAUGAGGGCGGAGCGGCAGAGCAGGUGGAGACCCCAGCCAAUUUCAGCCAACCACUACAGCACAACCACACGGCAGCUGACCUAUACCUGUCCCCCAUUCGUCCGGGCCAUCGUGUCUUGCCUCCUGAGUCCCCAGCCACGGGCAGCGCUCAAGCUUCCUCUCAGGGUCCGACUCAGCCCGCCAAUCAGGCUCCACGACACCCAAAGUCCAACUCUCUCAGCCUCUUCUAUAAAAAGUUGUACCGCCUGGCCUAUACCAGGCUGAAGAUACUCUGCUCCUACCUGCUGUCCUCCCACCCUGAACUGGAGCCCAUCAUAUGGACACUUUUCCAGCACACACUGCAGCACGAGUACGAGCUGAUGAGAGACCGUCACCUCGACCAGUUAAUGAUGUCAGCCAUGUACGCCAUAUGUAAAGUGAAGAGUGUCGAUCUGCGCUUCAAGACUAUUGUCACAGCGUAUAAGACCAUGCCCAACACCAACCAGGAGACCUUUAAGCAUGUGUUGAUCACUGAUGGCCACUAUGACUCCAUCAUCGUCUUCUACAAUCAAGUGUUCAUGCAGAAGCUGAAAACCAACAUCCUGCAGUACGCGUCUCCCAGGCCGCCUACCCUCUCUCCAAUCCCACAAAUACCCCGCAGCCCCUACAAAUUCCCUAAUUCACCUCUGCGUGUGCCUGGGAGCAACAAUGUGUACAUCUCCCCUCUGAAGAACACACGCAUGUCUCCGGGUAUCAUGACUCCUCGCUCCAGAAUGCUGGUAUCUAUCGGUGAAUCUUUUGGGCUGUCCAGUCGGUUCCAGAAGAUCAACCAGAUGGUCAACAGCAGCGAUCGCUCCUUUAAGAGGACUCUGGAUCUCGGCUCCGCUCCAAAGCCUCUGAAGAGGUUACGCUUCGAUGUGGACGGACAGGAUGAAGCCGAUGGCAGCAAAUCUGAUGGAGAUUCUACACUGAUACAGAAGCUUGCAGAGAUGAGCUCCACUCGGAGUCGUAUGCAGGAGCAGAAGAUGAAGGAGGACGCAGAAGCGAAGAAGGAGUAACCCUAAAAUCUACUGAACUGACCUGCACUGUUUGUCACAACGUGAACACUACCUUUUGUUCACACACAAAGUGAAGCGUUCGUUUCUCUGUACAUUUAGUAUUGGAUUUUAGUUUUAGUAUUUAACUCUGUGUUUGAGGAGUCAUAUGUGAAUAUAGAGGACUUUCUCCUCUCUCUCUUUUUGUGCUCAUGCUUUAACUGAGUAUUUUAACUGAAUAAUGAUUGACGUCAUUGAAUUUUGUUUGAAUUUGACUUGGAGAUUAAGUAUGUUUGGUUUUUAAGAGUGUUAUUCAUUUGUGGAUGUUAUAAGAAAUCAUUGUUUUCACUGUCAUGAAUGUUCUCAGUUUGCACCCGUUGCACCCGUUGCAAGGACACUUUACUGGUUUUCCUGUUUAAUAAUUGGCUGAGUCUUACCGCCAGGGGGGACCCUGGUAUGUUGCCCUAUUUCCUUUUGACAGUCAUUUCAGAUUUUUAUAUUUCAGACAUUUCGAUCAUGAUGCAACAUUUCAAGUGUUAAAUCAUGAUUACUCUGGUCAGAAAGGAGUGAAUGUCAGCCUCAGAGGGAAAUCAGUACGGCUUUCCAUGCAGCGGUUUGGUAAACUUGGGAACUUGAACUUGGAAAAGUUUAGUUUGUGCCAUAAAGUGAGAACUACAAAACAAUCAACACACGUUAAGGAAAAUCAGACAUAAGUUGCACUCAACCAAAAGUCAUUAUUUUAAAGUAAUUUCAAAGAAUUUGGUUACAGUGUCUCUUUGGUAUAACAUGUAGUUUUAUAGUAACGUUUGCUUUGCUUCUGGGUGGUAAAAAUACAUCAUACAUCAAAUGCAAACACCUCCUAAUGUGUUGCAGCUAAAGGAAUAUUUUUUAUGUUUGCAGUCACUUUUUUUCUACAUUUAAAUUGGUUAAUUUAAAUUUUUGGAAAUGGGAGAAGUAGGAGAAAGAGGGGAAAAAAAUUAAAGCAAUGAAUACACACCACCUAUAGCAGAUUAAUAUGCGGACUCUCUUUAACUCAGUAAAAUAUUGCUAGAAAUGUCAGUUACCAGAGUUUUUAAAUUAAAUAUGUUUAUAUUGUACUUUAUUGAAGUAGUUUGUUUACAUAGGAAAUAUUUCUUUUGAAAUAUGUUUUUGUUUUUUCUUUAAUUUCCUUCUUUGCGUAGUCAUCAUACAUGCAGGUAUUUUCCUGAUCAGUUUCCAUGACUCCAGUGUUGAUUUUUCCACAGCCAACGGUGGCCGAAGCCCGUUUGGAGUGUUUGCUGUUUUCUGGUUUUAUUUUGGUUUGUGCUUUCUCUUGAUACACUGACAGUGGUGUUAGAUUCCUCUGGUUUUUGGUGGUCUUUUUAAUUCCUUCCCAGUUUCACAAGGACAAGGACAAAUUUUAAAGCUUUGUAUUGCAUCCUUUGGUUUGAUUAGGGGUUUUUUUUUUUGUUGGUUUUUUUUGG